CUCCUCUUCUCUCUCGCGGAAUCGCGCCUCCUCUGCCUCCUCCUCCUCCUCUUGGAUGAUCAUGGCGCCGGCUUGGUAGAGCGGCAGGGGUUCUUGAUUCUUGGAUCGAGCGGCGGCGGCGGCGGCGGCGAUGGAGGCAAAUGCAGGUCUCAUUGCUGGAUCUCACCAGAUGAAUCAGCUGGUGGUCAUCCCGGGCGACGGGGUGAAGCCGCUCAACAGCGUCAACAGCGAGAUGUGCCAGAUUUGUGGCGACGAGGUGGGCGUGAGCGAGAAUGGCGAUUUGUUCGUCGCCUGCAACGAAUGUGGCUUCCCGGUCUGCCGUCCUUGCUACGAGUACGAGCGCAAAGAUGGCAACCAGUCGUGCCCCCAGUGCAAAUCACGCUACAAGCGCCAGAAAGGGAGUCCGAGAGUGGAGGGUGACGAGGAAGAAGACGACGUCGACGACUUGGACAAUGAAUUUAAGGCGCUUCCUCAGCAGCAAACGACCGAGGAAAUGCUCCAGGGGCACAUGAGCUAUGGACGUGGGGACGAGGAGAAUGUUCACGUUGUUACACCGGGACUUCCUCUUCUCACCAAUGGUCAAGAGGGUGUGGAUCCGAAUGAGAUACCCCCAGAACACCAUGCACUGGUCAUUCCAAGCCAUAAACGUGUUCAUCCUAUGUCGGAUGACUUCUCAGUGAGGUCUAUGGACCCGACGAAGGAUCCGUCUGCCUACGGCUAUGGAAGUGUGGCUUGGAAGGAGCGACUCGAAAGCUGGAGACACAAGCAGGAGAAAAUGUCGAUCAUGAUGACUGAAGGUGCUCAGCAUUUCUCCGACGGUAAAGGUGGCGGUGACUACGGGGCUGACGGUCCAGAUGCGCCACUGACGGAUGAAUCGCGUCAGCCAUUGUCGAGGAAGAUUCCAAUUGCUUCCAGCAAGAUCAAUCCUUAUCGAAUGAUUAUCAUCAUCCGACUGGCUGUUCUGGGAAUUUUCUUGCGCUAUCGAAUCCUCAACCCCGUUAAGAACGCCUACGGACUUUGGCUCACCUCGGUUAUUUGCGAAAUUUGGUUUGCCUUCUCUUGGAUCCUGGAUCAGUUCCCAAAGUGGUUUCCGAUCAAUCGUGAAACUUAUUUGGAUCGACUCUCUCUGAGAUACGAGAGAGAUGGCGAGUCCCAGCUAUCUUCAGUGGAUAUCUACGUGAGUACCGUGGAUCCUCUGAAGGAGCCGCCGCUGGUUACAGCCAACACGGUGCUCUCCAUUCUCGCAGUCGACUAUCCCGUAGACAAAGUGUCAUGCUACGUGUCUGACGAUGGUGCAGCCAUGUUGACAUUCGAGGCACUGGCAGAAACAUCCGAGUUUGCACGUAAAUGGGUGCCGUUUUGCAAGAAGUUCAGCAUCGAGCCUCGAGCUCCAGAGAUGUACUUUGCUCAGAAGAUCGACUACCUUAAAGACAAAGUCCAGCCGACAUUUGUGAAAGAUCGUCGUGCGAUGAAGAGAGAGUACGAAGAAUUCAAAGUGCGGAUCAAUGCUCUUGUCGCCAAGGCACAUAAGAUGCCUGAAGAAGGUUGGACAAUGCAGGAUGGAACACCCUGGCCAGGGAACAACACGAGAGAUCAUCCAGGAAUGAUCCAGGUUUGUUUCGAUUUUCUGAAAGUCCAGUUUAUUAUAAUUUGGAACACGCAGGUCUUCCUCGGCCACAGUGGAGGACAUGACACAGAUGGUAACGAGCUGCCUCGUUUAGUAUACGUCUCAAGAGAGAAACGACCUGGCUUCAAUCACCACAAGAAGGCCGGUGCAAUGAACUCAUUGGUGCGAGUCUCGGCUGUUCUUACAAAUGCUCCAUUCUUGUUGAAUCUGGAUUGUGAUCACUACAUCAAUAACAGCAAGGCCUUGCGGGAAGCAAUGUGCUUCAUGAUGGAUCCUCUGGUUGGGAAGCGUGUGUGCUACGUCCAAUUCCCUCAGAGGUUCGAUGGCAUUGAUAUUCAUGAUCGAUAUGCCAACAGAAACACUGUCUUCUUUGAUAUCAACUUGAGAGGCUUGGAUGGUGUUCAAGGCCCCGUGUACGUCGGUACAGGAUGUGUGUUCCGCAGGCAGGCCUUAUAUGGAUAUGACCCACCGAUGAAGAACAACUCGUCCAAGAAGAGCUCGUGUUGCUGUGGACCUCGUAAGAAGUCCAAGGCCUCCAAGACCAAGAGAAUGGACUCGGACAAAAAGAAGCUCAACAGGACCGAGUCCAACGUCUCAGCCUUCAGUUUGGAAGGCAUUGAAGAAGGCUUGGAAGGAUAUGAAAACGAGAAGUCGGCCAUCAUGUCCCAGAAGAGCUUCGAGAAGAGAUUUGGCCAGUCGUCCGUGUUCAUUGCUUCAACACUGGCUGAAAAUGGUGGCGUUCCAGAGGCUGCUUCUCCAGCAGCACUGCUAAAAGAAGCAAUCCAUGUCAUUAGUUGCGGCUACGAGGACAAGACCGAUUGGGGAAAAGAGAUUGGAUGGAUCUAUGGUUCAGUCACGGAAGAUAUCUUGACAGGGUUUAAGAUGCAUGCCCGCGGGUGGCGGUCAAUCUACUGCAUGCCUCCUCGAGCAGCAUUCAAGGGAUCAGCUCCAAUCAACCUGUCAGAUCGUCUCAACCAGGUGCUGCGGUGGGCUCUGGGAUCCGUGGAGAUUAUGCUUAGCAGGCAUUGCCCGAUAUGGUAUGGCUAUGGCGGCGGCCUCAAGUUUCUGGAACGAGUAGCGUACAUCAACACCAUCGUCUAUCCCCUCACCUCCAUUCCGCUGCUCGCGUACUGUACUCUCCCCGCCGUGUGCUUGCUGACCAACAAGUUCAUCAUCCCAGAGAUCAGUAACUUCGCGAGUCUCUUCUUCAUCUCGCUCUUCAUCUCCAUCUUCGCGACGGGUAUCCUGGAGAUGCGGUGGAGCGGCGUCGGGAUCGAUGAGUGGUGGAGGAACGAGCAGUUCUGGGUCAUUGGUGGCGUCUCUGCGCACUUGUUCGCAGUCUUCCAGGGUCUCCUCAAGGUGCUGGCCGGUAUCGACACGAACUUCACGGUCACAUCCAAGACCUCGGACGACGAAGAAUUCGGCGAGCUCUACGCGUUCAAGUGGACGACGCUGCUCAUCCCUCCCACCACUCUGCUCGUCAUCAACAUGAUCGGAGUGGUGGCCGGGAUCUCCGACGCCAUCAACAACGGAUACCAGUCGUGGGGGCCGCUGUUUGGGAAGAUCUUCUUCGCCUUCUGGGUGAUCGUCCACUUGUAUCCCUUCCUCAAGGGGCUCAUGGGACGGCAAAACAGGACGCCCACCAUUGUCGUCGUGUGGUCGGUUCUCCUCGCCUCCAUCUUCUCGCUGCUGUGGGUCAGGAUCGAUCCAUUCCUUCCAAAGACCAAGGGGCCAAACCUUCAGCAAUGCGGUAUCAACUGCUAGGUGGGAGCUACUCUCUUUUUUCUCGCUCUCUUUCUCCUUGUGCUUCUCUCGCUCUAUCACCGAAGUGGGAAAAGGUGGUACAAGGUUUGUGGUGGUUUUUUUGUGUAGAUUUUCUGUAAACACGAACGAAGGUUUAUAGUCUUUUUAUUAGGAAUAAAUAUAUUUUGAUACUCUCUC